UGUCGAAGUAAAGAGAAAGUUCUCAACGACUAACUAUUGACAACCGAAGCAGUUUCAUUUUGCCAACAUAUCAGUUACAAAUGUUUCUGAUACGUUCUGGAUCAUUUUUAUCCCUAAAUACUUAGCGAAAUAUUAAACAUGUGUGCAAACAGAUCGCUGUCGUUAAUGCUGUUAGUGUUGGUGACGAUAACCACGCGGUUUUUAUUAUACGUCCACUGCUACGAUCCGAAUGAUACGAAAGUGGCUUCCGUGAUACCACCAAAAGGAACUUUCGAAGCCUUCUAUCCCCGAGGCCAGGAAACUGGUCCGUCCAGAGCCGCCCAUUCCCAUGGAAGUUUUUACAAGCAUCGAAAUCCUGCUCUUGUUGACGCAAAAAAUGCACCGGCUUACGGGUUUCGUUUUGAUGGAGGAAGAAGAUUUAAUUAUGAGUAAUAUACCGAACGAUAUACCGAGUGAACUUAAUACAUAUAUAAAUUUAAAUAAAACUACGAAAUAA